AUGUACCCUUAUCCAACAGCAAUUGAACUUAAUGGUUGUACUGCAAAAUUACUGGGUGGUUAUAAAGUAAACUCCUCUGCUUCAGAGAGUAUUUUUAUCAAUCCAACAAACACUUCUUUUACCUAUACAAAAGGAGCUGCUUCCGUGAAUACUAUAACAGACUAUGUAUUGUUCGACAUAGGAAUUUUGAAACUUUAUGAAGGUUUGAACAAUCUCACUCUAACUGUUACUGGAAGAUAUUAUGGAAGUUCUACUGAUUACUACGGAACUUUGUUAUGUAAAAUACCACAAGGACCAUUUACGAUUUCAAGGCAAUCAGAGCUCUAUUAUGACGGAUUUGUUUUCUAUCAAUAUUUAUAUUUAGACAACCCGUUAUAUAUGUCAAAGACUGAUGUGAAUGCCAAUUCUUUUUAUUCUCUUACCACAACAGCACCAAAUUACUGGAUUAAUUCCACACCGAUGACUCUGAGGCCAACCAAUUGGGUGAAAUAUACUUUUUCUAGUACCUCUUUUUUAAGUAUCGCCACUGUUGGAGCCACUCUCACAGGAUCUGUUUUCAAUACUUUUAAGACAUUGAUUGAUAUUAAAAGUCCUUAUCUUGGAGAUUAUGUUAGAACCACACAGGUUAAAGAUUAUUAUUAUUAUCCUGUUCCAUACAGUAGACCAGUUGAUACAUUAAGUUGGAGUGUUAUUUUAAAUAUUGCCAAUUUGAAUUCAGUGGUUGGAACUGGAACAUUUAACCAAUCAAACUCUGUUUUAAUUCCACUUUGGGGAAAUCAAACUACUGGAUUCUAUAAUGCAUUUUCAAGAUCAUCGAUUGUAAAUGUCACCAAUAUCAAUCCUUUUAAUUUAUAUAUCGCUGAUAGUUCAGUAGAUCUAUUGGCAACUUUGUACGAGCGUACCAAACUUUUAAUAGCAAACACCCCUGUUGGAUCAGCCACUCAAGAUGCAAUUUCAAACAAUUUUAUUGUUAGUUCAAGUGUCUAUAUCGAUGCGUUGGUCGAUAGAAUAUUUUAUGCCUUCCAAAACCCUAGCCCAAUGAAAAUCAGAAUGGAUUAUCCUUUUGGAAUUGUCUACAAUGCAACUAAAUAUCAAGUGAAAUUCGAUUAUCUUUAUUCAAGUUUUAGAGGUCAAUUUACUAUGGCAUCUUUGAAUCAAUAUUUCAGUUACCAAGGUUACUAUUACUAUUUCCAAACUUUCUUCCCACUGUGGAGUCCAACAAUGCCUGUUGUACCAACUGCUACCUAUGGUCAAUAUGUCGUAAGUGGAAUUUCUUUCAAGAAGAUUUCUAGUUUUACAUUUGUUGUAAGAAUUAAUACUGCCAGUCCACAUGGUUUCAGAAUAUUAAAUAUUUAUGAACAAAACAUCAGAGAUUACGAUUUAAUUUCUGGAGAUCUUACAAAUGGACAAUUGGAAAUUGUUAUAGACUUUUUGCCAACACAAUUGGCUACUUUUUAUAAAACAUAUUCUUACAUCCACUUUUAUGAUUUCCAAGGAAUCUUUGAUUAUGAUUCCGAUACUUUUAGUAUCAGUCCAUUCUCUAACCCAGUGGAUUUUAUUGUACCUACUGUUCCACCAGGUUUAACUCCUUUGGAAGUUGAUGAUAUCACCUAUUGGAAAUUCGAACCAAAUAAUAUAGAUGUUUCAGAUGGACCAGUAAGAACCACUUUGAUUUUCAAUUUCACCAAUGGAACACCAGAUGAUAUUCCUAGUAUUUAUGUACCACCAAGAUCUCAAAGUCCAGAUUCAAUCAAUCCAAACUAUAUUUACAGAGGAUAUUUCAAUGAAACUACCAAACUCUUUAAUAUUCCAAUUUAUAUUAAAGAAAAGACAUUCACUGGUACUUUGAAAUAUAAUUUAACUGGAUACCCAGCUCAGAUUCCAUAUGAAAUUAUUAAAAUUAAUUUUGGAUAUGAUGCUGAUUUGAAUGUAACAUCAAGAGUUGGUGAUGAAAUGGGACCUAUUGUAACAAAAAUUGUUAAAGCCUCAGGAUCUACUGUUCGUAUACAGCCAAAUACCAAUGGUACAAUCUCUUGGAAUAUUACCAUCAAUGAUUCAAGUGGUUUCAAGUAUGGUGUUGCUAUGAUCGUAUCAGACUAUGACAUUGGACCUACCAAUAUUACUUUUAGUGGUUCUGAUGUGAAAUCCGGAGAUAAAUACAAUGGAGUCUAUCAAAUUUCAAAGGAGAUCAACGGUAACUGCAGAUCCCAGACAUAUACACUACACUUGGAGUUGUUUGAUUAUCUCGAUAACAUGGCGAGUUCCAAGUAUUAUUUCUACUCGAGUGCCAUCACCCCAGUAUAUUUCAUGUUCAAUACAUCGGAUGCUAUGUACAUGACAACUAUUAAUGUUGUUUGCUAUGUCCCAGUAGAUGAUACUCCACCAACUCUAUCCAACUUUACAUUGUUAACACCAUCAGUGGAUGUCGGUCAAAUCAAUAGAGAGAUCAGUGCAAUUUUCACUAUUUCCGAUAUGGAGUCAGGUAUUGCUUUGGAACCAAAGAACAAUCCAUACCUUUAUGCCACUUCUCAUUUCGGAUUGCACCAUAAGAUGGCUUCAACAUUGGUAUCAAGCGACGGUCAAAAUGCAACUUACCAAGUGAACGGUCAACUACCAUAUGGUUUCGGAAUGAAAGGAAUUAUUCUCUCCAUCUAUGGUGCAUUCAAUAACCAUCUCUCUAUAAAUGGUUUCCCAACAAGUUAUUUGAAAACCAAUGGAUUCUCCUACUAUGUAUCAACCACUUUCAAUAUUAAAACUCCAAUUUUGGAAUCAGCAAACAAUGUUUCUAUGGAUGGAGGUUUGGCUUUUGUUCGAGGAAGAAAGAUGGGAUUAGAUACAGAUAUUGUUACUCUUACAGUUUAUUAUGAAAAUGAGACUUUAGUUGUUGCACCAACAGCUCAUUCCUCUACUAUUUUCACUGUUCAAAUCAGAGCUGGAAAUGAUAGUGUCACAGUCAAGUUGAAUGUCAAUGGUAUCGAUUCAAAUCUACUUACCAUUAAUAGAUUUGUCAUUCCAGUAGCAAUUCCAGUUCCACCAAUUCCUCCAACUCCAACUCCAACCGACCCAACACCAUCUCCAACCAAUCCGACAUCUUCACCAAGCAACACACCCAACCCAGUUGUUUGCCCAGGAAAGACACCAUGCUCAGAUCAUGGUAAAUGUAUUGAUGGUGAAUGUGUUUGUAGUAACCCUUGGAAUGGUCCUGAUUGUUCCUCCAGAAAUCAUAUUCUUCCUCCCCCACCAAUUCAACCAUCUCAGCCAACAAUCAACAACACCAUUCCUUCAGGAAAUGAUGAUUUCAACAAGCUUAUCAGUACAAUCUCUAUCGUUUCUCUGAGAGAAUUAUCAUCUACAGGAGAUGUCCUUGUAACUCAUACAUUAUCAAAUUGGACAAUGUAUAACUUGACAACCGAAAAGAAUUUCAUUUUCAGAUAUGAAUUGGUAUUAGAAGAAUCAAAUGUUACAGUUGACAUUGAAUAUUUCUUUAAUGAAACAACAAUAGUGUUUGCCAAUGAGAAUAUCACAAUGUUACCGUCAACUAUAAAAUACUCAGUUUCGCUAACACCAUAUCGAUUCAAAGAUAAUCUUUCUACACUCCAACUCGUGAUGUCAGCCGCAUUAAGUUCAAACGAUGACGAUACAUGUUCAAAGGUGUCUUAUGGUGGUACCAAGGAUAAUCUCCAAUGGAUUAAAUUGAAUAUCGACGAACAAUCACUCUAUGGAAGAUUCUUGAGAGUUGCAGAGAUCGAUGAUGCAGCGGUAUCUAUCACCAAUUCACUGCUGGACGAAGAAAUGAACCCGGUAAAUACAGAAUCGAGUGUUCAGACAUUCAUUGGUAUCAACAUCCCACACUUUACAAGAAAUGUAAAGUUAGAUCCAGAUUUCUCUGCCUUGAUUGACCAAGGAGAUUUAACCAACGGUAAAUGUAAACGUUCAAGUAAACUUAGUACUGCUGCAAUUGCUGGAAUAACAGUUGGUGCUGUUGUAUUUGUUGCAGCCGCUGUUGGUACUACUAUGUAUUUUGUAAAGAAAGCGAAAUUCAAUGCAAAUAUCAAGAAAAUGGAAAAGAGAAUGAGUCAAUUAAAGACAAAUAGUGAAUAA